AUGCCUGUCACUCCAACAACAACGAAUCCUUCGUCGACAUCGACUAGUAGCAGAGUUAGUACUACGAAAGGAACAAAAAGAAAGAAAAAGGGAUCUUCAACAAAAGGAUACCAAAAUCAUCAUCACAAUCACCAUCAUAAUCAUCAUAAUGACGACACCACCAGCAGAAGUGCGUCCAAAAAUACACGACAAAUGCAACAGCACGAUCCAAAACCAUCAACAAAAACGACGAUUACUACUACGCCCAAAGCAUCGAGCCCUUCUUCAAUGUCGUUACCACCAGCAACACAUAAUGCAGCUGUUAUUGCAGCUGCUGCCAUUGCCGCCAAUCCAAGCUCUUCUUUAUCCCCAUCGUCACCAUCACCCGUAGCAGCAAAAACCCUGGACUCCACUGCCGCGGUAGCAGCCGAUACUGCUCAUUCUUCACCCAGUAUAGUUGUUGCGAGUGCUAACAGCAGCAAGAUCAAAGAUUCACUCAUGGGAUCGAUGCUCGGCGUGCUGGGAGGCAUCAGUGUUUUAAUUAUUGUAAUCAUUAUAUUUACCAACAACAGGCGAAGGAAACGGAGAGCUAGACCGUCGCAAGAGCAAGAUCAAGGCAAGCGCGGAUGGGGCAUACGGCAUAGCUGGUACAGCACUACAGAUACUGUCUCAUCUCGUUGCCCGUCAACACUCCCGCCUCCAUAUGACGAGGAUAUGAUGAAGAAGCAGGACUUUUUGGAACCUCCGUCACCUACCAUCACUAAGUCCAUUCAAUACACCCCGCAACUUGCCUAUAGUCCAAGUUUUAGUGUGGACCCGAGUCAUCUUAUAGCAGCAACAAACCAGUCUCUACCACCACCACCACCUCCCUUUCCUCCUGCAGCAACACCUGCGAUGCCGGCAUUUAAUGCUCACCAUCACCAACAGCUACAGCAACAACAAUCAUCUCCGCCGCUAGUGCCGCGUCCCUCUAGGUCCACAAUACGGACUUAUCAAGCACAGCUUGAUAAUAGUAAUAUCAAGACAUCACCCAGUCAGCCAAACUUCACUACACCUAAAUGA